AUGUCAUGUCCCGACAGCGGCGGCGACAGCGACAGCGGCGGCGACAGCGACGGCGACAGCGACAGCGACAGCGACAGCGACAGCGACAGCGACAGCGACAGCGACAGCGACAGCGGCGCCCUCCUGAUGGAGAAUUUCCCCUCCGGGCCGGCGCUCCUCGCCCAAAGCGGAGACCCGGAACCUCCGAGGAGCUGCGGGAAUUUCCAAAAUCACCGCGAGGCCUCGCUGGGCUCCUUCCCGUCCUACCUGGCUCACCUGGACACCUGGGCCGAGCCCGGCUGCUCCUUCGCGGCCGUCAAGGAGGAGAGCGGCCGCUGCUCGAUCGGUCCGACCCGCGAGCCCCGAGAUCCUGCCCGGGAGCCCAAAUCUCCAACUCAGGAACCCAAAUCUCCAACUCCGGAGCCCAAAUCUCCAACUCAGGAACCCAAAUCUCCUGCUCAGGAGCCCAAAUCUGCAGCUCAGGAGCCCAAAUCUCCAACCCCGGAGCUCAAAUCUCCGACCCCGGAGCUCAAAUCUCCGAGCCGGGAGCCCAAAAUUCCUGCCUGGGAGCCCCAAGAUCCUGCCCGGGAGCCCAAAUCUCCAACUCCGGAGCCCAAAUCUCCAACCCAGGAGCUCAAAUCUCCAACCCCGGAGCUCAAAUCUCCGACCCCGGAGCUCAAAUCUCCGAGCCGGGAGCCCAAAAUUCCUGCCUGGGAGCCCCAAGAUCCUGCCCGGGAGCCCAAAUCUCCAACUCCGGAGCCCAAAUCUCCAACUCCGGAGCUCAAAUCUCCAACCCCGGAGCUCAAAUCUCCGACCCCGGAGCUCAAAUCUCCGAGCCGGGAGCCCAAAAUUCCUGCCUGGGAGCCCCAAGAUCCUGCCCGGGAGCCCAAAUCUCCAACUCCGGAGCCCAAAUCUCCAACCCAGGAGCCCAAAUCUGCAGCUCAGGAGCCCAAAUCUCCAACCCAGGACCCCAAAUCUGCAGCUCAGGAGCCCAAAUCUCCAAUCCAGGAGCCCAAAUCUCCAACCCAGGAGCCCAAAUCUGCAGCUCAGGAGCCCAAAUCUCCAACCCAGGAGCCCAAAUCUCCGUCCCGCUCGCCCCAAGCUCCGAGCCGCUCUCCCCGCUCGCCCAACCCGGCCAGGGCGAGCCCUCAACCGGCGGCUACUUCAGCUACGUCCCGCUGGGUUCGGCCCCGAUUCUCCGAGGAUUUCCCCCAAAACGGCGGCGAGGAGCGGGGGAAGGGCGAGGUUAAAGCCGAGAAAGGCAAAGCGAGAGCGGCGGAGGAGGGGAAGGAGAGGAAUAAAAAUUCCAAAAUCCACCCGGAGCAAGGCGGCGGCGAGAAUUGCGACAGAGAAGAGAAAGUUCGGGUUGGAUUUGUGCGAAUUUCGGAUGAGGAUGAGGAGGAUGAGAACGAUGAGGAUGAGGACGAUGAGGAUGAGGAUGCGAAGGAGGAUGAGGGUGAUGAUGAUGACGAGGAUGAGGACGACGAUGAGGAGGAGGAGGAUGAGGAGGAGGAGGAUGAGGAGGAGAAGAAUGAGGAUGAUGAGUAG